AUGGCCGGCUUCGGAACGUACAAUCACAAGAAGGCGCUGAUAGCGUUGUUUUUCCUGCUGCAGCUUUCAUCUGCUGCUGCCUAUGGAGGCAAAAAGAAGAGCAAAUUUUUGGAAGCCUAUCCGAUGGUCUUCAAGUUUUUGCUAUUUUGGUGGUGCGUGUUUGUUUUCGCUGUCAUGACUGUGUACAUCAUUGACCAUCUGAUGUACAAGAAGUUCGGACCAGCAAAGGUGGUGUGGCGGGCUGAACGCUUUUUCAAAGGUGUUUCACGUGAAGAACUAUGGGCGCAGCUGGCCGAUCCAUCCAAAUGGUCCAAGGAUCAUCCAGUCUUACAGACAGCGGACAUCAGCCUGGUGUCCAACAUGCACGACCCGCCCACCACUCCCGACAAGGAGGCAAACGAAGCAGAGGAAAUCUCGAAAGCGAAGGAGGAAAGCCAUGAAAACUCCGACCCGCAUUUUGGAGAAAAUGCCUUUGAAACUCCCAAAAAAAGAUGUGAGCCAAUCGAGCUUGGGCCGCUCAGAAAAGGUCAUGGAAUGCUUCUUAGACACAAAGCUGAUAGUGGGCCGCAGGCUGGCAGAGUCUUUUGCCUGCGAGAAUGCUCCCAGAUCGAGGAGCCUGUCGAGGGGCCUUUCCUUUUGGUGAUGCGGACUAUUGAGGGAGGUCUAGGCUACCCCUUCCUUGAGAACACCGAGAUCUCCGAAGUAGAGAUGUUCCCCAGCGAGGAUGGCACUGUUCGUUGCAAGAUGACUGGCAUGGCAGAUGUCACGUCUCGCAUAUUUAGAUGGUGGGCAGGUCUACAGAAAGAUUCACAAGCAUCUGCUGUGGCCUUCCUGGAGUCACUCGACCAGGUGGAUUGUUUCCUGUUGGUGCGAACUGCUUAUAUUCCUUUUGCUUGUGUGUGUGUGCCUUGUUGCAUGGAUGACCAGAAGAAGGCUUUCCUAGCUGCGGCUGAGAAAGGCCUCGAAGACGUCAUUCGCAAAGAACUCCAAGGCAGGAAUCGUCGACUGCUCAUUGCUGCGGAAGAUUCUCAAGGCAGAGGUCCAGUGCAUUUAGCAGCCAAAGGAGGGCAGCAGCAGGUUAUCCGUCUUUUGCACGAUCACGGAGUUUUACUGGAGGUGUUGGACUGCAAUGGUUGGACUCCUUUGCACCUAGCUUGUGAGCAUGGACGCCUUGAGGCCGCUUCAGUUUUGCUAGAGCGCGGGUGUCAAGCUGAUGCCCAAGACACCUUCGGCCGCACUCCCUUGCACUUAGCAGUUUGCAGCCAGGACUCGAGCCUUUGCCGCCUUCUUUUGUCCGCAAACCACAACUUGGCUGAGAGGUGCGAUCAAAGCGGCAGAUCGCCUCUGGCCUAUGCAGUUCUCAACUCUUCACCAUUGGCAGCGGAGGAAUGCGUGCGGCUGCUGCUGCAAAGUCUGGCAGAGCCGAAUCGAUGCGAUUCCUUUGGUCUUGCUCCGCUUCACUACGCUGCAGAAGGCGGAUGUCAAGGAGUUGCUCAGCUGCUACUCGCAAAGGCCGCUGAUCCGUUGCUUCGAGAUCCAAACAGCGGCAGGAUUCCUUUGGAGUUUGCUAGUCUGGAGUCUAUGCAAGAUUUGCUGCAAGAUGCAAGCCGCAAACAGUUAGAAAGCCAAAGUGCUUCAGAACCAGUACCUGGGGAUUUGCAGGUGUGUCCUGCUAUCGCCUUUCGCAACACGCGUUUUCAGGCGAUGCAAUCCCGCUUCAUUGAAAUAAUGAAAGACGUACAGGCCAGCAGCAUCCAACAACGUCAGCAUUUACUCAGGCCUUCAUUAUUUGAUGCCUCCUGGAUGGCUGGAGUGCACACCCACCAGCAAUUGCUUGGCAGCGAACUGGCCACAGUGCAAGGACCUGAGGCCUGCAUUCGCGUGUUUAACUUGCUGUAUCCUCCUUCCCAAGACCUGCAGGACAGAGUGGACGAUGAGGACAUUGCAGCUUACUUUGCUGGUAUGUGGGACGGAAAAGAAGCAGGGCUACCCGUAGACAGGCGUCCAGAGAAGGAUCCUGGAAAUGACUUCGCACUUGAGGAGUUAAGCGAGCACAAGGAAGCUUUAAAGAUGGCUAGAACGGAGCUCCAGGAAGCGAAUAUUCGAGAGAUGCGGCUGAAUGCAGAAUUGCAGGCAGCUUUGCAAGAUGGGGCCAUAAGAGCAGAGAAAGAAGCACAUGGCGAAGGGACCCACACGCUUGGCCAUCGAGUGCUCCGCGCUGGACGACAGCUGGCACAAAAGACUGAAGAGCUUCGUUCAGCCCAGGCUCUGGGCCAGAAGCUUCACCGUGAAUCAAGUAUGUUCCAAGAAGAAUUGCAGGAAGCAAAACAACAGACAACAGAGCUACAGGUGGAACAGAUUGAAACACAAAAGAGGUUGGAGAAAGAGUUGCUGCGUCGAGGUGAAGAAAAAUCCUGGAAACUCAUUGCUGAGGAAGAACAGUGCAGAGCUGAAGUUGUUCGAGCCAUGCUAGAACGACGUCUAGAAGAAGCAGAAGUGGCAGCCUUGCAUGCAUCUCGAGGCGCAGAUGUUUUUCGGGAGGACGCCCAGAGACAGCACAUGGAAGAGGCACAAGAGGUGAAGCAGCUUCGUCAGCACCUUUUGUCAGAGGAGGCAGAGGCACAGAGAUUGAGAGUUUCUUCUGAAGAAGUACUGGUGGAGGCUCAACAAGCAUUGGAGGCAAAAAGUGCAAGCUACCAUGAUGAAAUACAUUCAGCUCGGCGGGGGGAAGAGCGUGAGAGGCAGCUAGCCGAGAAGAUCCAGCAAGGACAAGACGCAUGCUUUGUCCUGGAAGAGGAAGUUGCAACAUUGAAAGAAGCUGCCAGACAACGAGAUGCUCAAUGGCAACAAAUGUUCAGGCUCUAUCCUGGCGUGGGGCAAGCAUUCUUUGGAAAUGCCGGGGUUCAAAAGCUCGAAGUCGGUGCAAUGACUGGCUGUUUUUGUUCAAUGCACCUUCAUAAUGACAUAAGAGAUAAAUCAGAUAAGUGUGAUUGCUGUCCGUGUUUUGCUGCACUCACUGCAGACAGCAUAGUAUUAUGA